GUAAUGACAAUACCCUCAUCAAUGUUAACAUCAACAUCAACAUCACUAAAUAAAAAUAUCACAAAUUUGUCUUUGGGCUCUUUUCAAAGCAAUAAUGUAAUAUUGAGAGAUUUAUGCUAUGUACUCCUACAAAAUCUGAAGGAUCCAAUAUUGGAGGAUCACUUGCUUUGUAUAACUGUAUUUAAUGGUUUGACUUUUAGGUGGAUUGAAAGCGAAGAACAAGCAUCUAACCCUGAAUAUGGUGUGGCAGUUGCAUUGGAUGGUUGGUCGAAUGUUGUCAAUGAAAAAAUACUUGGUGUAAUAUUAAUUACAAAUGAGUCAGUAUACCAAGAAUCUGAAUAUUCGGAAUCAAUCCAAACAGUAUCAGACUGUAGCACACUAUUUGAAAGCUCGGGAGAAAAUUCAGACACAACAGAAAGUUAUAAUGAUACAGUAUCAGAAAAAUCAGUAAUGAGCACAUCAUCAAAAUUACCAAAUAUAAAGACUGAGGUAUCAUCAACUGGAGCUCAGUAUGUGAUUUGUGAUCUAGAUGAGGCCACUGAAUUCAAAGUGGAAGGAAGAGAGUUCAAGAAAGGAUUUAAAGGGGGAUGGCACUGUCAAGAUCCAAAAAUUUCACUUCAUGUAAAAGACAGACAAGACAAACUAUUCAUACCAGUAAAAUUACUAUAUGAAGGAAAAGGGAAAGGAAAGGAAGAGUUCAAUGAUGACAAGGAUGGGUUUAAUGAAGACGAAAUUAAGAAACUUCUUGCCGAGAAAGCCAGUGACUUGUUCACUGAGGAACAAGAGCAAAUAACAAGCUAUCAAAAACAUCACAUGCUGGAAAUCCAGAAGAAAUUGUUAGAACUAACCCAAGCACAUGACAGAAGAGAAAGAGAGCUAGCUAAACAAAAAAGCAAAGGUAUAUUUGACACAGUAGCAGAAUACUUGGAAAAGAACCAGACUGGAUCAGACAAAUAUGUAUUAGAAAUUAAUUUAGACAACAAUGAUGAUGAAGAAGAACCAUCAUCGGAGAAAAAUUUGCAAAAACUGGUGAAAGCCUUCAGAGCAGCAGAACUAGGGGGAAAAGAGACUAAGUGGUCAGAAUUUCCAAAAUUUGGAGGUGGGGAAGAUGAUCCAUAUGAAUGGCUUGACCAAUAUGAAGCUGCUUGUGAAGUGAAUGGUACCAAUUUUUAUCCAAAUUUUGUGGUCCAGAAAGGCAACAAAGAACUUCGGAAUUGUAAGCAAAGGCCAGGGGAAACAGUCAGUGAAUACUACAACAAACUACAGUAUUUGUGCAAUACCAUUACUAAAACUAUAACUACUAAUGAAGAAAUAGAAGCUUAUUUUAGGACCUGUGAAAGAAUGAUACAAGAAGAAAGAGCUGCAAUUGAUAGAUGA